AUGGCAAUUACUAUCAACAACAAUGUGAGCAGCAUUUUCUUCAUACUCAUGGAUUUCCCAGGACUGGAAAGUGCUCAUUGUUGGACAGCAAUCCCUAUCUGUUCUAUUUAUAUUCUCUCUUUUCUGGGCAACAUCACUAUAAUGUACAUUGUCAAGUCUGUGUCCAGUCUCCACACUCCCAUGUACCUUUUCCUCUCCAUGCUUUCAAUGGCUGACCUGGGCCUCUCCAUUUCUACACUACCAUCAAUGGCAGCAAUCUUUCUCCUGGGUUGGCGAAAAGUGGAAGCUGCAAUCUGCUUCAUGCAACUCUUCUUCAUCCACACUUUCUCAGUCAUUGAAUCAGCUGUGCUAUUGGCCAUGGCUUUCGACCGCUGUGUGGCCAUCCGAGAACCCUUACGCUAUGCCACUAUUCUCACAACCAAACGCAUUGGGGCCAUUGGGCUUGCCAUUGUGACCCGUAGUGCUGCUCUUCAUCUUCCUUUGCCAGUGCUCCUUGGAAGACUACAAUUUCAUCCUAUAAACACUCUGUCUCAUUCUUAUUGUGUUCACCCUGAUGUUCUAAGGCUGGCCAUUUCCAACACUCGUGUGAAUAGCGGCUUUGGGCUCUUUGUCAUGCUUUCCACGCUGGGGAUGGAUGCUGUACUCAUUCUUCUCUCCUAUGUGCUAAUUUUGAAGACAGUAUUAAGCAUUGCUUCUAAUGCUGAGCGGCUCAAAGCUUUCAAUACCUGUGUGUCCCAUAUUUGUGCUGUACUUCUGUUUUAUACCCCAUUAGUCAGCCUAUCUAUGAUCCAUCGCUUUGGCAAAAAAAAGCUACCAGCUCAAGUAUAUAUGCUUCUCUCAUACCUGCACUUUCUUGUACCCCCUAUGCUCAAUCCAAUUGUCUACAGUGUAAAAACCAAAGAAAUUAGAGUCCGCAUUCUAAAGAUGAUUCGCCCUCAAAAGCUGUGA